GACCGCUCUAGCUCUGCAGAGCUGCCUCCACUGCCCCCGGACCCCAGGCCUGCCUGAUCGCCCGUGGGAGGCCCCUAUGUAUGGGAGUUGAAUUCCUGUGACAAGAGAAAUCAGGCUGUCCGUGAUCAAGGGGUGAAAGGUAUUGCUGGCCUAAGGAGUGGCUGAGGAGGACUCGGGGAGAGACCAGUUCUGGGUGGCCCAGCCAAGGUGGAGGUCUGUAUCUGGAAAAAAGUGGAGAGGACAAGCUUGGCAUAGCCUAAGUUUUCUUCUGCAGAGCCUAGUGAAAAAAUAUCGCAGCCAUGGAUCUUCAACUCCCGAAUCCCUACCCUGCCCUGAUGGCCACUGGCAGCACUUCCCACAGCCCGCUAUACCGGGUCCUAGUCCGAGUGUCUGAGAGCUACCCUAGAAUGGAGAGGAAGCUGCAAAAGUAUUUCCAGAACCCAUGGAGGUCUGGGGGAGGCAAGUGCAAGGUCAAAGUCGGUCCCACUGAAGGUACUUUCUGGGUAGAGUUUUAUAAAAGAAAAGCCCAAGAAGGUGUGAUAGCAAGGAAAGAUCAUUCUGUGGCAGUCAGUGAUACAACAUAUGUGAAUGUCUACAUAGAAACAAAUGAAAACCCAGGAGAGAACAACACAUUGGAGAUAAGCCAGCUUUCCUCUCAGACUCAGUCACUUCCAAAGGAAUCUCCAGAUGAGAAUCACCCAGAUGAAGGAGGUGCUGCUAGCUCCUCUAAUUCCAUCAUUCAAAAGGUAUUUCUCCACGUGGCGGCCCAGCUGAACUUCAACCUUUCUGACGAGCAAAGGGAGAAAAUUAUUAACCUCUGCCCAAAUCUCAUAAUAGACGGAGGCUAUGAUGGACCUGAGAGAGUGAUUGGUGACUAUGAAGAUGUUGAAAAAGCUCAUCGAUUCUUAAGUGACAGCGUCCUGGGAAAUUACAAGAAAGAGGAUUUUUCCCAUUCAGCCUCAGCAAGAGAAGUUGAGCAAAUUAUGGCAAAUGACUGUGACAAUCCUAUUCUUCACUCAAAUCCCGAACACAUGACAGAAGAAGAGUCAGACCUUAUCUCAGUUCCUUCACAUUUGUAUGAAUAUUUCAAAUAUUUCUUUGCUGGAACUCUGGACAAAAUAGAAAGUGAGCAUCAAGUACGUAUCCAAAGUACUCUGGCAUAUCCUACGGGCAAUGUGUGUUUAGACUUCGAGACAAGUAAUUCGGGGGACAGGAAAGCGGCUCAAGAAGCUUUUAUCAGAGAAUUUCAGAGGGAAAUACAGAAUGUGACUCGGCAUGAUGUUCAUUUCACAGAUAAUAAGCUGGCCCUUGAUGUCCAAAAAACACUAACUGAUAUGUUUCAAAACCUCCAUAUUAAAGCUGAAGGAAAAGUCUUAAUCCUCUGGGGAAACCCACAGGAUAUCUUAGGAGCUCAACAUUUUAUUGAAUCAAACUUCUCUCGCAAACAACCUCUGGAAUCAAUGGCUUCCCAAAAUAUGAUGAAGAAUGAAAUUGAGGUGGAUACUACUCAUUUGCGUCUUCUACGCCAAGAAAUCAGAGAAAUAGAGAAAAAAUAUGACAUUGCAGUGGAAUUGGUGAAUAUACCCCAAACUCAGAAAACCCUCGUUGCAUUUAAACCAAAAGACAAAGGCUUAGGCCUCUCUGCAUUUGCUCAUGAAGAUUUCGUUGAUGUCUUUCAGAAGCUCUUACGUCAGAUUGUCAAAGAGGUAGUUAUCCUGAAACCAUUAGACCAAGAUAGAAAUGGUUGGCCGGAAAAGACAUUCUUUGAAGAUUUUGAAAGAAGGUACCCCCAUGUAAACUUGGAGUGGAAUGGACAAGAAAUGACAUUGACUGGUUUGCCCAAGUACAUUGCAGAAGCAAGGAAAUAUGUUAAGAGAUAUUUGAGUAUGGAAGAUCCUUCCCAGCAGAGACAAGAGCUAACUUUUUGCAUUGGAUGGAAAUGGACAACAGUCCCCAGAUCCCCCUUGGACAACAUUGGUAAUGAUUUCAAGAUGGCUUUACCUAUGUUCAAGGGAUUGUCUGACUAUCGGGAUUUAAGAAAAGAGGAGGAAGAGGAGGAGGAGGAUGAUGAGGAGGAAGAGGAGUGUGUCAUCUGUAUGGAAAGCAUUCACAACAAAGAAGUCCUCCCAAAGUGCAAGCAUGGAUUCUGUGGCCCUUGUAUUAGAGAGGCCAUGAAACAUAAGCCAGUGUGCCCUGUGUGCCAGACUUCCUAUGGCAUCGUGAAAGGGAAUCAGCCAGAUGGAACAAUGACAACCUCUUACAGAACCUCUUCACUUCCAGGUUAUAAUUCCUAUGGCACUAUUGUGAUUCAUUAUGACAUGCGGGGAGGCAUACAGACAGAAGAGCAUCCCAACCCAGGAAAACGCUAUGAAGGCACAAGACGGGUGGCAUACUUGCCAAAUAAUGAAGAAGGACGGCAGGUUUUGCUUCUUCUCAGAAGAGCUUUUGAACAAAGGUUGAUUUUCACAGUAGGACAGUCCCGGACAUCAGGAAUCAAGGAUGUGAUCACUUGGAAUGAUAUUCACCACAAAACUCUCCAAUUUGGUGGUCCAGAAAACUUUGGUUACCCUGAUCCCGGCUACCUGCAACGAGUCAAGCUGGAACUGAAGGCUAAAGGAAUUGAGUAAGAGUGCUGAUUUCAAGGAUACCUCCAGAGCUGGGCUUGCAAAGGUUGUUGCUGUGGAAAGGAAACAAAGCAGUCAUUAAAAUAUAUGUGUAUGUAGGCAACAUUUAGAGAAAAAUAGAAGAACUUGAGAAGAGGUUAGUUUGCUUAGGGGUGAGCGGGAUGAACUGCUAUGUGCUAACCUAUCUAAUUUAUUGGAGUUUUAGUUUUUAUUAGACAAACUGAGAGCCUUGUAGGAAUGUAAAAGUUGCUCUAGUGAGAUCCCAAAGUUUUCCUGCCUGUUUCCAUUUUGCUGUCACCAGGGAUGCUGGAGUUAAGGAAUCUUCCAUUGUACCACUUGCACAAAGUGAUGACUGACCCUUAGGUCCAUUCACAUUAUUUGUGGUAAGCUGUUGAUGGCCUCAGAACUCAUCAGAGUUCUGUUCUGACUGGAAUGGUAGCCAGGAACAUUAAAAAGUUUGGAAGAUAUCUUGAAGAAAAUCAUAGUCUCCAAAUGCUUACAUGAAUCCUUCAUUUCAGAAAGAAACUAUCCAUCCUUGGGGCUCUGGCAAAUUUAAUAUAGUGGGAAAAGAUAUUUCUGUCUUCAAUCAAGUCCGGUGACAUCAAAUCAACUUCAGGAACAAAUAGAAAAGCCUCUGUUUGGCAUUCAAAGCUCUUCAUAACCUUGCCCCUCCCUUUACUAUCCCCACUGUGUACUCUGUGAUUCAGUGAUACUGGCCUCCUUGAUGUUCCUUGCACAAGAAAUUCCAUCUCUCCAGAUUGUGCAUUUUCACUGGAUAUCCACCACGACUGGAAUUCUUUUCCUCCACAUUUCCAGCGACCAGCUUCCCUGACUUCUUUCAAGUCCUACCUAAAAUCUCACCUUCUAUAUGAAGCCUCUCCCAAAUCCCCUUGGUACUAGUGACUUUCCUCUGUGGAUUAUCUCCAAUUUAUCUUGUAUGUGGCUUGUUUGUACAUAGUUGU